AUGUUAAACAGUUUAACAUUGAAAACAUUACGUAUCGUUAUUCUAACUGUUGGAACAACGUCAUCUAUUUAUGCUCUAUUAUCACUAUCUCGUUUUCUUAAAAAAAAAUUUGUGUUAGAAAAUCUCAUUAAUAAACGUUUAUCAUUAAAAACGUUGAUUAGUUCUCAAAAUGAAAAAAAUGAAAUAAUAAAACAAAAUAUUCUAGAACUUAGAAAUAAACUUGAAUCAUUGCAAAUAUUUUAUUAUAAAUUGAAUGAUGAUCAAGAGAUUUUAAGUCAAACUAUGUAUAAAUAUAUCAAAGAUUAUGAACAUAAUUUAGAUUUACAACAACAAAAAAAUGUGAGUGACGAAGAACAAGUAUCACUAACAUUCACUGAAUACGAUAAUCAAGAUAAUUCAUCAUUAGUGAUGAAGAUGGAUAAAUCUCACUAUGAAAAGAAACAAAAUCAACAAGCAGGCGAUGCAAGUAGAGAUAUUAUUUUACAAAAGUUGAUUAUACCAAUGAACAAAUCGUCCAUAGUAUCCAUAAACAAUAUUUCAAAUGAUUUAAUAGAAACAGUGAGAAG